CAGGCAGGCAGCAGUCGGUCCGAGUGGUCGGCCCUCUGCGGCUCUCCCGAGUGGCGCCCUCCCUGCUCCCUCCGGCCAGCGGCGGCGGCUGCGGCGGCGCGGUCCCCCCGGGAGGCGCGGCGUGGGCCGAGCGGCGGCCGCGGAGCGUCGAGCCCAGCGCGGCGGCGGCGGCGGCCCGGCAGCCAACAUGGCGGCGGCGGCAGCGGGCGCGGGCCCGGAGAUGGUCCGCGGGCAGGUGUUCGACGUGGGGCCGCGCUACACCAACCUCUCAUAUAUCGGCGAGGGCGCCUACGGCAUGGUGUGCUCUGCCUAUGAUAAUGUCAACAAAGUCCGAGUCGCUAUCAAGAAAAUCAGUCCUUUUGAGCACCAGACCUACUGCCAGAGAACCCUGCGGGAGAUCAAAAUCCUGCUGCGCUUCAGACACGAGAACAUCAUCGGGAUCAAUGACAUCAUUCGAGCACCAACCAUCGAGCAGAUGAAGGAUGUAUACAUAGUACAGGACCUCAUGGAGACAGAUCUCUACAAGCUCUUGAAGACACAGCACCUCAGCAACGACCAUAUCUGCUAUUUUCUCUACCAGAUCCUCAGAGGGCUUAAAUAUAUCCAUUCAGCUAAUGUGCUGCACCGUGACCUCAAGCCUUCCAACCUGCUGCUCAACACCACCUGCGAUCUCAAGAUCUGUGACUUUGGUUUGGCCCGUGUUGCGGAUCCGGACCAUGACCACACAGGGUUCCUGACGGAGUACGUAGCCACACGCUGGUACCGGGCUCCGGAAAUUAUGUUAAAUUCCAAGGGCUACACCAAGUCCAUUGACAUUUGGUCUGUAGGCUGCAUCCUGGCAGAGAUGCUGUCCAACAGGCCCAUCUUCCCGGGGAAGCACUAUCUCGACCAGCUGAACCACAUUCUGGGUAUUCUCGGAUCCCCGUCACAGGAAGACCUGAACUGUAUUAUAAAUUUAAAAGCUAGAAACUACUUGCUUUCUCUUCCACACAAAAAUAAGGUGCCGUGGAACAGGCUGUUCCCAAAUGCUGACUCCAAAGCUCUGGAUCUACUGGACAAGAUGCUGACAUUCAACCCCCACAAGAGGAUUGAAGUGGAGCAGGCUCUGGCUCACCCGUACCUGGAGCAGUACUAUGACCCAAGUGACGAGCCCAUCGCUGAAGCACCGUUCAAGUUUGACAUGGAGUUGGAUGAUUUGCCCAAGGAAAAGCUCAAAGAACUCAUUUUUGAGGAGACUGCUAGAUUCCAGCCAGGAUACAGAUCUUAAAUUUGUCAGGACGGGGGCUCCGAGGACCAGAUGUGCUCAGACUUCGGUGUUCUCCUCCCGGCUCCUGACCCCGGUCCUGUCUCCAGCCCGUCUCGGCCUGUCCACCUUGACUCCUUUGAGCCGUCGGAGGGGCAGUUUCUGGUAGUUGUGGCUUUUAUGCUUUCAAAGAAUUCCUUCAGUCCAGAGAACUGUUCCUGGCCCCUGUGCAUCGCCCCGGUGGCCGUGGCAGUCUGUACUCUUGAGUGCACCUGCUGCUUACCGCCGCUUCAGUCACUAACCGCUUUCUGGUUUGAACGAUGCAGUGGUCCUCCCCUCCUGAGUCCUCUGACCCCUCAGGCCCCUCGUCACUGUGCCCCACUUUCCGGGCCCCGAGGCAGUGCCAGCCCCUCUGCACGUCUCCUCCCAGCCUGUCUGGUCUGGCAGGGGCUCGCGGGCACCCGGGGGCACCUUCUCUUGUAUCAUGUUAGCCACUAGCAUAUGGGAGGUAUGUACUAUUUGCCCAGCUUUUAGAGAAUUCGACCCUUUUUCUAAAUCAAGGGGAGAAGUGCUGCACCCCACAUUCCUGCUGCACCACUCGUAGAAGCUGGACACUUGCCAGAAUGUGUCCGUGCAGCACUGGGUGUUUGCAGGACUUAACACAAAAAAAGAUUUAAAGUGGCAGCUUCCCUCGGGAUGCAGUGAGAGGUGUCCUAGGCUGUGGGAGGCUGCAUGCCUGCUGUCUGGGGCAGAACUCUGCACCGGUGUCCUCGCCCCCAAGCCGCCUUCACCGUAACCACACUCAUGCCUGAGUAUUUAGCGGAGAGGAACACUGCGUCUUUAAAUGAGAAAGUGUACAAUUCUUUUUCCUCCUACAGCAUGUCAGCAUCUCAAGUUCAUUUUCAACCUACGAUAUAGCAAUUGUAAUAAAGCCUUUGUGAGCUCAUGACAUGAAGCCCUGUUCUGUAGUCCAGUGCUCCCCGAGGUUCAUGGCACUGCCGGGCCAGGGCGUCAGGAGGAGCUAGCACUCAGGCGUGUUUGGAGCUCUAGCCGUGUUUUCCCAAUCUAAGUAUCUGUCCCUGCCGCGCAUACGGUGCCGUUGGCUCGGUGUCUGUCCCUUGCGGUGCCUCCUUGCCUCCCCCACUGCUCUCUGUGGUGAGAAACCUGCCUUGUUCAGUAAUUACUGUGCCCUCGCAUGACUGUUACAGCUUCUGUGCGGAGAUGACUGUCCAAGUGCCACAUGCCUAUGAUUGAAACGAAACUCUGUUGUUACCUCUGAGUUGUGUUCCACGGAAAAUGCUAUCCAGCAGCUCACUUAGGAAAAAUAAUUCUAUUUUUAGCUUUUCAGUUCUCAGCUGUCCUUUUCUCUUGUUUGAUUUUGACAGCGAUGGAGAAUGGGUUAUAUAAAGACUGCCUGCUAAUAUGAACAGAAAUGCACUUGUAAUUCAUGAAAAUAAAUGUACAUCUUCUAUCUUCA